AUGUGGCAUGUUAACAAGCACAAUGGUAGACAAGCCAUUGACAUGGUGUUGAUGGACCAUACGGGUGCAAAGAUUGGCGCAACUCUAUGGCAAGAAUUGUUCCCUGAAUUUGAGCUGAAGUUGCGCUGCGGUGGUGCAUAUGUGAUUCAUAACGUCAAGGUUGUUUACAAUCAUUUUGAAUACAAAGUGAGUACAAUUAAAUAUUUGGUUUAUUUCGUGAAAACUACAUCUAUCAAGGAGGUUGACAGACCUGAGAUUCCUCCUAAUGUCCAUGUCAUUACUGCAUUUGCUGAUAUCAUUUCUGGCGUGGCACCCCGUGAUACGUUAGUUGAUGUUGUCGGUGUUGUCGCUGAAGUUAUUGAACGUAAAACAGUUAAUCCUGCAUACAGAGUGACUAUGAAGUUGAGAGAUAACAGUGAUGCUGAGAUCAUCAUGACUGUGUGGGAGGAAUAUGUUGUUCAGCUUGAUGAUGCUAUCGGGAAAAACCAUUUUGUUCGGAAGCCAUUGGUCCUUAUGUUAACUUUUGCUAAGAUCAAAGAACCCAAAGACAAGUAUCCCCUCAGUGUACAAAAUAUCAAGCAUGGGUCCAAGUUGUAUGUCAACACUGACAUGGCAGAAAUCCAACAAUUCCGUGAUAGGUUACGUGUGCCAUUUUAUGCUGGCGGAGUAACAGAUGAAGGAACCAUUUCUCAGUCCCAAUCUAACCAACAUUCCCAACGAAACUCAGCGGAAAAGUUUUUGCAUAAUGCCCAAAUGGUGAGCUUUGGUGAAAUAAGCAGAUUGAGACAGGACUGUUACUGUUUGACCGUUGCUACCGUGGAUGAAGUGAUGAUUGAUACACCAUGGAGUCAUGAUAGUUGUCCCUACUGUACUACAACAUUUGAUCCAUUGAAAAUAGGUGCAGCCUGUUGUUCGUGCCAGAACCAAGUUACUCACACUGUUCCAAGGUAA